AGAUACGAACACAAACAGGUAGAUGAAGUUGUGAAUCGAUUUUUGCCAUUAUUGAUUCUCGUAGUUUCGGUUGAAUAUCAACGUUGCACACCGAAAAUGACUGAAAAAGUAGACGAACAAAAAAGAUUAAAAGCACAAUUUAAACUACUGUUGCGCUUUUGUCCCUGACUAGACAUGGAUCUCGUUUUGAAAAGUUGACUUCUAUUAGCUCUGUUCGCAACUGCUAGAACUGGGUUCAGAGCUAUCCAACCUUGAGAAGUCAUCUUAAAAAUUCGUAACCAAAACAGAGUAUGCUCCCAUGAAUCACCCUCGCUUAGUUUGAAAUUCCGGCCAAACCACAAGGCCUUCUUCAAAACUCGCCAAAUCAUUCAGUUUUCCCCCGAAAACUUUGACGGGAGCGGAAAUGUUUCGCGUCCCAUGCGCACGCCUACUGCGAUGCGUUUUCAAGAAUCGAAUAAGUGCAGCUUAUAGUUUCAAUAAAUAUUAAUAAAAAAAAUAUUCUGACUCAGACUCACAGUUUUUGUUUUCAAUGUUUAAAACUAAAUCUACAUGCAUGAAGUAUAUCCCGAGAUAUCCAAAAAAAAGCUUUCCAUGGUUGACUACAGUUCACCAAAUCGAUCACGCCCUUUCAAGUAAAAUAUUAUUCUACGCUCAUCCGUCACUGAUAGUGUGAUUCGUUUUGACGAUGCAACAAUACAGUUUGAUACUGAUAAUGCUGCAACUUUACUUCCCGGACAACACGAGGAAAGUGUUGGCUUAGAUGGCAGGUUUGAUAACACCCAAGCCGUCAUAACUGUAAAUAUUUCACUACUCUCAACCUCCAGAUGACUUUAGUCGAUAAUAGUUUCGUUUGGGUUGCUCCGUCGUUCAUCGCACACUCUAAGCUAGACUGCGGCACAAGACGUUCCUACGAUCUCCCGGCUCGCAAGAUGAAUCCCGAAUCCGUAUCGCACCUGGAGCACAUGUGCUCGCUGGACAUUGACUCGCCGACGGCAUUCGUGCGGCUGUCCGGGAUUAUCUGUACCAUCGGACCGGCCUCGGUAGCACCGGAAACACUGGAGAAGAUGAUGGCCACCGGAAUGAACAUUGCUCGGUUGAACUUUUCCCACGGAUCGCACGAGUACCACGCCAACACGAUCAAAAACAUCCGAGAGGCUAACGACAACUACUCCAAGAAGCUCGGAAAGCCAUUCCCGUUGGCCAUUGCUUUGGAUACCAAGGGACCGGAAAUUCGUACCGGUUUGAUCGAGGGCAGCGGAACCGGUGAAGUCGAGCUGAAGAAGGGUGACAAGAUUCAGCUCACCACCAACAAGGAACAUCUGGAGAAGGGUUCGAAGGAAAAGAUCUACGUCGACUAUGUGAACAUUGUGAAGGUCGUAAAGCCAGGUGACCGGAUAUUCGUCGAUGAUGGUUUGAUUUCUCUGGUGGUUGACAGUAUAAGUGGAGAUACUCUGACCUGUUCGGUGGAAAAUGGUGGAUCCCUCGGCUCGCGUAAAGGUGUCAACUUGCCCGGAGUCCCGGUUGAUCUUCCGGCCGUAUCCGAGAAGGAUAAGUCCGAUCUGCAAUUCGGUGUCGAACAAGGAGUUGACAUUAUCUUCGCUUCGUUCAUUCGAAAUGCCGCUGCUUUGAAGGAAAUUCGUGGAAUUCUGGGAGAUAAGGGUAAGAAUAUCAAGAUCAUUUCGAAGAUUGAGAACCAACAAGGCAUGCAAAAUUUGGAUUCCAUCAUCGAGGCAUCCGACGGUAUUAUGGUCGCUCGUGGUGAUCUGGGUAUCGAAAUCCCUGCCGAAAAGGUCUUCCUGGCGCAGAAGUCGAUGAUUGCUCGUUGCAACCGUGCCGGUAAACCGGUCAUCUGCGCAACCCAGAUGUUGGAAUCUAUGAUCAAAAAACCACGACCGACUCGUGCCGAAAUUUCGGAUGUGGCCAACGCCAUCAUUGAUGGAGCCGAUUGCGUUAUGUUGUCCGGUGAAACUGCCAAGGGUGAAUAUCCGUUGGAGUGUGUGCUGACAAUGGCGAAGACAUGCAAGGAAGCGGAAGCGGCCCUAUGGCAUCGUAACCUGUUCAACGAUCUGGUCAACACAACCCCGAAUCCGAUUGAUACGGCCAGUUCGAUCGCGAUUGCUGCCGCAGAAGCUGCCAGCAAGACGCGUGCCGCUGCCGUUAUCGUGAUCACCACCUCGGGCCGCUCGGCUCAUCUUAUUUCCAAAUAUCGGCCUCGCUGCCCUAUCAUUGCUGUGACGCGUUUUGCCCAAACUGCUCGCCAGUGCCAUCUGUACCGAGGUAUUCUGCCAGUGAUCUACGAACAAGCUGCAUUGGAUGACUGGCUGAAGGAUGUCGAUGUUCGUGUUCAGUACGGUGUAGAAUUCGGCAAGGAACGUGGCUUCCUGAAGCCUGGCAACCCAGUAGUCAUCGUAACCGGCUGGAAGCAGGGCUCCGGUUUCACUAACACCAUUCGCGUUGUGAAUGUCGAAUAAAUUUAAUCCACAUUCACACCGGAGCUGUAUCUUCGUCUACACCAACUAGAUUGUUGCAUCUAUUUAAAAAAAAAUGUACUCAGUCACUACACGGAACAUACCAGUUCUACAAAUAGGUACAAAUGCAUCCCUUCUGCAGGCACUAAUUUUGUGUUUUCGAAAAUCGUAGCCGCACAUAUUUUUUUCUAGGGUUGAUAUUUGUCCCGAAGAGUGUCCGUGUGUCAUCAAACCUUCACCCGAAAUAUUUUUGUUUUAUGAAAAAAAAAAUGUAUUGUUCCUUAUUGUUUUUGUUUUUUUUUUAUGAAUAUUGUAAACCUGCAUUGACUUCCGCUACGAGCAAAGUGAAGCAAGUGUAUUUCAAUUGGUAACCUAAGAUUAAUUUAUUUUAAAUUAUCGCUUCGGAGCAAACAAAAAUAUGAUACUAGCCUGAUACAUACAUUGGAUCUUACCUCAUUCACCAACGUCACUGAUGCAGUUAGUGGUUUAUGAUGCGAUUCGUCCUGAUUUUGCAUACAAACUGGACUAGAAGGAUCGCGACCGUGUAUUGAACAUGAUGUUAAUUGACAACUAAAAAAUAUAUUAUCAAUAUAGUUGA